ACGCGGCACAAUGUUGGUUAGUUCAGCCUGCACCCGAUAUGAGGCACUAGUCAGCAAAUAACCUGAAAUAACCUCCUCGCAACGUCGUAGCUUGCAUAUGCAUACUGAUCUUUAAAUCAGGACAAAUAUUUUGGUUCUAUAAAAUAUAUUUAAAGCUGCAUAUCUAUACAAAAUGGUGUCAGUACCUAGCGUGCAGAACGAAAAAGAGAAUAUAUUUUAUUCAUGGGCUGCAAAUCGUGCAUAGUAAUCGUCGAGAAGUAUUACGAACGCAUAAUGUACAAAUCCUGAGGCAUACAUAAAAUUUGCGAUAACGUUUCAGCGGUGAUUGAAUCCAACUUAACCUAAAGAACAUAAUUUGAGGUGAAACUAGGUUUCUUCAAGCAUUGUCGUAAAUGUCAUAAUGUGUCUGAUAUAAUUUGAUGGGAUGUAAAUAAGCAGCAAACGAAAUGGAGAAUCACGAGAGCGAACAAUAUGUGACAUUUUCUCUUCCUGAUGUACACGAUGCCAUACAGGAUAACAUAAUUUCUCAUGAGGAGAUAUGUGAGCCUGUUGACGAAUGUGUUCUUCAGGAAGAUCUUACAGAAGUCACGGUUAGUACUGCUGUUACUACUGACAUUACAGAGUCACAGGAUACUGCUAAAAUUAUUACGGAUCACUCAGAUGAAGAGGAAGACAGUCCGAUAACGUAUCCAAUGUAUAUCAAGCAAGAGGAACAGCAACAAUAUACAUCAGGCGAUGAUGAAUCCAUGGCUGUGGAAGCUCUGCGGCAGCUGGGCGGUAUGUACCCAUCUUUUGAAGAUAAGAAAAUCAAUUGUCCAACCUGUAAACGCCUCUUUACUCAAGAUGAAAUGGUUGAACAUCGGUCUGCUUGCGCAGCAUCUAAGCUAUCCUGCUCCACUUGUGGUGAGAGAUUUGAAAGGAAGAUUGACCUGAAUAAUCAUAUGGUUUGUCAUCAAGUAGAUCGUCCUCACGCUUGUAGAACAUGUGGUAACUUAUUUCGUUCCAAGAGCAGUUUACAAGCACACAUGCAACAAAUGCAUGUUCAAACUGAACGGUCGCACAAAUGUACCAUUUGCGGUUCAGAAUUUCAGAGGCCUUCCAGUUUGUCCAAUCACAUGAAGAUACACACAUAUGUUGCAGGACGAGCUAUUAUGCAAUCGCAGGAGAACGAUAUGUCUCAGCCUGUAGAAACGUUCAAGAAGUGGCCGGAGAAUGCAACCAAUUCACAGAAUACUUCGCAGAUGCCAACUUCUUCAUCUGUUCAAUCUAUACAGAAUUAUGACGUAUGUCAAGUUCAGUGGCCAGUUUCAACAUACAAUUUCCAAAAUGAACAGUCAACAGUUACUACAAUGUCUAAUCAUGAAAAGAUAGACACAUUGCAGGAGUUUACAGUGUUGCCCAAUGGAGAAGUGACGCAGUUUAGCGAAUACACUGAACAAAAUAAUAUCAAUAAUCCAAUUAACAAUAGUCAACAGUACAAUUUACCAAUAAAUUCGUUCAGUACCGAUGGAAUAGUCAAAAUCGAGACGUACAACAACACAAACAGAAGAGAGUAUGAAGAUGUCAAACCAAAUAGUCAAACUGAUAACAAACGGUAUACAUGUAAGCAUUGUGGAAUCAACUUUGCACGCGCGACUGCAUUAGCGUCCCACGAGAAAAUUCACGCUUUCAAAAACUGGAAUAUGCCGGUCGAAUGCGUGUAUUGUGACAAACAGUUCCAGGAUGGAAAUCACUUGGCGACCCAUCAGACCACUUGCGUAAAAAAGAUAAUGCAGAACAACACGGAGAAAGGCGUAGCCAAUAAGUGGUGCAAGCACGCCUGCUCUGAAUGCGGGAAAAAAUUCACGACCAAGCAGAAGAUGUUUCGCCAUCAAUGGAUCCACCGGAAGAAAACUCACUCGUGCGAGGUGUGCGGUUUACAAUUCGAGAAACAGAACGAGCUGGACGAUCACAGGCUAUCGGCGCAUCCCGGGGGGUCGCCGUUUACGUGCGCAGAAUGCGGAAAGAGCUUUGUAUCGCGACAGGGUCUUUGGGAACACGGUAGAACACACGCCGGCAGUCCGGCGCACUUUCAGUGCGAUACUUGCUCGAAAACGUUUUCGUCGCGUCAGGGAUAUUUGAUACACAAUCGCACACACACUGGCGAACGACCGUACGGCUGUAAAUUCUGCUGGAAGUCGUUUCGCGACGGCGGGACUCUGAGAAAGCACGAGCGUAUCCACACGGGAGAGAGACCACACGUAUGCCCAUUGUGUUCAAGGGCCUUCAAUCAAAAGGUAGUUCUGCGCGAACAUGUUCGAUGGGUUCACGCAGCGGGAAAGAACGAGACAGAAGCUAGUAGCCCGCCGUAUCCCUGUCCAUUAUGUGGUGCUCUGAAUCAGGAUCGCGACGAACUCUGUGCGCACAUCGUCAAGCAUUCGGAUCAGAUGAUGGCUGAAGCCAAGGCAAAGACUUACGAGACCUCCCCGAAAUCGAAGCCGGCGAAGAAGAAAACGAAAUCGUCGUCGAGUGGUAUGACUACACCAACGAAGCAGAAUGCUCUGGAUUUUAUUUCCAGGGCGGAACAAAACGAAGCGUUAUUAUCUAUCACGGAUACAUCUGAUAAAGCGGAAGAGCUCCAGACUGUUAUGACCGAGAAGCAAGGCAACACUUUCGUCGUGGUCACCACGGACAAACGCAAUGACGGCUUUGUGACGAUAUCCGAUCUGAAACAUAGCAACAUACGGUUUAUCGUGGACGGCAAGGAAGACGAAAACAUUCACGUACUUCAAGUAGAUCAGGAUCAUAGGGAUUCUCUCAACAUAAUUGCUAUGGACAAGCAAAACGAUACGGCGCAUAUAGUGUCGACGGAAUCUGUAGAUGGUGCACUCGAUGAAACGAUCAGACAGAACGAUAUGUCCAUGAUACACUUGAUCCAAUCUCCUAAGCAAAAUAACACCCUGAAUAUAAUAUCCAAGCAAAACGAAUCGCUGCCUGUUUUAACGAUACCAAAUCCACAGAGCCAUGAAAAUUAUUCCAGUCAAAUUGUACAAGUAAACAGUACGGACAUACCUAUAAAUGUAACAGCACAACAAAAGGAGGAUAAAAAUCAUAUAGAUGAACAAGACUCUUUAAUACAGGAAGGAACGUCUCAUGUUAUACAAGUUGUACAGUAUCAUCAGCACGACAGCGACGACAGAGAAGAUUUUAUUUGCGAAAUAUGCGACGAAGAUUUUGAGGAUAAAAAUACGUUAAAGAAACACAUUAAGGUUCACAUUUAAUUAUCAUUUUGUUGUCCACAUUUGUAAUAUCUCUCAAAUACACAUUAAUAUGAAAUAACAUAUUAAAACAAACUGUAUAGGAAGUUGUUUGUACAAACACUAUGAGUGUAGUAAUCUUUUUUAUUAGUAACUUCAAUUGCACAAGGUUUAUUUGCAAUGUUUUCUCUAUAUAAGAAUUAUCUUAAACAAAAUUAAUUUCUAAAAAAGAUAAAACAUUGAUGCAUUGAUUUUAAAAGUGAUGCACAUGAAGUGCAAAUUUAUGUAAAUUUGAUGUACAAUAUACAGUUUAACAUGGUAGUUUAUAUGGUCAUGUGUUAACUAUACAAUGAAAUAGGCAUAUUUAUUAAAUUAGAAGAUGCUACAGUUA